AUGAGCCACGUAACAAUUCCUUCCUUAAAGCGGACGCUCUCGGGCGGGAACGUUCCGCCGUCGAUGCCAUCGAGUCACAUGAGCAUGAACGCUGCCGCGUCGCUCAGCCAGCUAGCGACGGGCGACCGGUCGCCACGCCACGGCCAUCGCCACGAGCCGCCGCCGUCCCACGGCCAUGCGUCCAUGCCCCACGCGUACCCUGGACCCCACGUCGGCUACAGCAACCACAGCCAUGCGCCGUCGGUCGUAGGACCACCGCCAAUGACGCGCGCCGUCACGGCCUCCGCUGCAUACAACCGCCAGCCGCCCAUCUCAUUUCGCAUGAGCACGGCGCCCGUCAACCCGCAACCUAGCGCCGCCGCGCCCUCGCGAUCGCAACUAACAUCGUCGUCGGGCCCGCCACCGCAGGACUGGCGCACGUAUCUGACGAUCGAGGAGCGUCAAGCCGUGCGAUCCAAGAUCCAAGACGCGUAUACAAGUACUUGCAAGACGUACGAAGAGCUGUUGCAAGCGGCCUCGGCGAUCGAAGAAGAGCUCCUCCACAUCGCUGCGCCGUCACGCCUCGACUACUUUAAAAGUGGCUUUGAGUUUGAGAACCGCGUCAAGCUCAAGCGGGAGCAGCUGCAGGGCCAGCUCGCUGCGCUCGAGAAGAAGAACUACGCGAGCGCACCGCCGUCGGCACCCAAGGGCGAUGGCCGCUCCACCACCACCAACAGCAACAACAACAACAAGGCGUCGCCCGAGACCGCGGCCAAGAAGCCCCGCAAGCAAUAA